GGGAUGCCGUGUAUCGGCUAUAGGGGACAUAAUGUCAUAUUUAAAAAAUAGAAGAAUAACAAUGUCGUCAUUUAAUUACAAGUGCAAGUGUAAUGAGCCGGCAAAAAAAACAAUUGUAAGAAAAGAAGGCCCAAAUAAAGGUCGAGUAUUUCAUGCGUGUGCCAAAAAACCAGGCAGCAAUUGCAAGUUUUUCAGGUGGGCUGACAAAAAAUCAGCAUCAAAAUCGGAACAUGAUAAUUUAGAAGAAAAUUUACAAGAAAAUAAAAUAAAUGUAAAUGAAGGUAAUUUAAUCUGCGUUUGUGGAGAACUAGCUCGCAAAUUUGUAGUAAAAAAAGAAGGAGCCAACAAAGGCAGGUCCUUUUACGGGUGUUCGAGAGGUCAAGAAAGCGCUUGCGAAUUUUUUCAAUGGGCAAAUAUCGACGUUGCCGCCCGGAAACAACCUUCCGCCGUUCAACAACCUUCAGAAAAUAAUUUAGAGUGGGAAUGGGAUGAGGACGAGGAUUGGGAUAGGGACAGGGGUGACGAUCAAAAUAGACUCUACGAUCAAUACACCUCUGGAACGUUGAACUCUGUUGAGAACCAAGUCAGGUGUAUUUGUGGUCAGCCAGCGCGAUUACAAACUGUGGAAAAAGACGGAGCGAACAAAGGCAGAGAGUUUUACACAUGCUCCAAGGAGUCUCCUAAAUCAUGUGGGUUUUUUGAUUGGGCGCAAGAUUAUUCUACUAGAAGCGCCGGCAGUAUUCCAGCCAAAAAAAAACCCGCUCAACCUAAAAAAAAACUUGGUGAUAAAAAAUACGACGUAAUGACAUUGAAUAUCCUCCGAAUACCAUCAAAAGGGUAG